AUGCACUCGCGUCGGCCCGAGACUUUGAAGAUUGACAUCUCAAAGUAUAGGGGGGUCGAAGAAGACUCCCUCUUGAGAUGGUUCGUCGAAUUGGAUGACGCCAUAAGGGCGCGUCGCAUCGACGACGGGGAUAUGCAAGUUGCAUUUGCCCAGUCAAAUCUGGCAGGACGUGCCAAGACUUGGGCACUGGGGCUCAAGCUGCACGACCCAUACGCGUUUGGGUCGUUGGAAGUCUUCAAGUCGCGGCUCAGACAAACGUUUGAACCGCCUAGAGCUGAGUUCAGAGCUCGAACCGAACUCUUGAAGCUCAAGCAGGGUAAGCGUGAUGUGCACGCUUACGCUCAACAUAUACGACAUCUCACGAGUUGUAUAAGUUCCAAUCCGGUGGAUGAACACACGUUGGUUUCGGUGUUCAUGCAGGGUCUUGCGGAUGGUCCCGUCAAGACUCACCUGUUCCGGCUUGAACUAGAUUCACUAGAACAAGCCAUUUCAAUUGCGGAACAGGAAGACUUCAGUCUGAGACAGGCUCGCGCCAGCUCGACAUCAUAUCGUCAACCGGAGACGAUAUGA